CGCGCGGCUUUCACUUCAGCUCCGUUCCUUGCUCGCCUGAGUCCCCGUGCAACCCCGGAGAUGUCCGGCCGCGGCAAACAGGGCGGUAAAGCGCGCGCCAAAGCCAAGUCGCGCUCCUCGCGCGCGGGCCUGCAGUUCCCCGUGGGCCGCGUGCACCGGCUACUCCGCAAGGGCAACUACUCGGAGCGCGUGGGCGCGGGCGCGCCCGUGUACCUGGCGGCCGUGCUGGAGUACCUGACGGCCGAGAUCCUGGAGCUGGCGGGCAACGCGGCGCGCGACAACAAGAAGACGCGCAUCAUCCCGCGCCACCUGCAGUUGGCCAUCCGCAACGACGAGGAGCUCAACAAGCUGCUCGGCCGCGUGACCAUCGCGCAGGGCGGCGUGCUGCCCAACAUCCAGGCCGUGCUGCUGCCCAAGAAGACGGAGAGCCACCACAAGGCCAAGGGCAAGUGAGGCCGCGCCGGGCGGACGGGCCCCGGCCGGGCCCUGCGACACCAAAGGCUCUUUUCAGAGCCACCACCGCUUCCCGAGGAGAGCUGCACGCCGGG